AUGCACGAAAUCAACGAAAAGGGCCACGUUAGGGUCAAGACCGUCUUGAUGGUUUUGACCAUGUCCAUGGCUUCGGCGUCCAUGGGCAUGACAGCCUCGGUGAUCAGCACGACGUUGGGACAACCGUCAUUCAUUGUCAAGAUGGGCCUGGACGGUCCAAACGGCGCCUCUUUGACCGGUGCCGUCACCAGCUUGUACUAUGUUGGCGCGACCUGGGGCGCUUUCGUGCACGGCUGGUUUGCAAAUCGAUAUGGGCGCAAGCCAUCGAUCAUAUUCGCCAUCUGCGUGACUCUUGUUUCGCAGGCACUGCUCACUGGAGCUGCGAAUGUGGCAAUGUUUAUUGUAUUUCGCUUCUUUUUGGGCUGGGGGUAUGUCCUUUUCCGCGUUGCUACACUACAAAAGAAGACUGACGCUGUUGAGAUCAGUGGCUUCCAAGCGAUAUGCGGCGUUCCUCUCUGGAUCAGCGAAAUUGUCCCACCACGGCACCGUGGCAAACUCUCGGAUAUUCACGCCGUCAUGAUCAAUGUUGGCUAUUCGAUCAUCGGGUUUGUCGGGGUUGGCUUCUACUACUACGACUCACCCGACGCCUGGCGUGCUCCGCUUGGUAUCGCCAUGGUCCCUGAGAUCAUCUUCCUAGCUGGCUGCUGGUGGCUCCCCGAGAGCCCGCGAUAUCUCAUUGCCCGAAACCAGUCUGCGAAAGCGUGGAAGAUCCUGCGUGCCCUUCACGCGGACCCGAGCGACCCAAGCGAUGAAUUUGCCAAACGCGAAUUCUACCAGAUUCACGAGCAGAUACGGUUUGAUCAAAGUCAAGACACCAGUUGGAAAUUGAUCUUGACGCGGCCAUCGUAUCGGAAACGCGCGUUGAUCUCUGCAAUGCUCAGUUUUUCCAUCAUGAGCGCGGGUCUCAUCGUGAUUCAGAACUACGGUGUCACCCUGUACUCUGAACUGGGCUACACGGGCGUGGAUACUUUGCUACUGCAAUCAGGCUAUACCCUGACGUUGUGCGUUGCCAGCAUGAUCGCCAUCACUUUCGUCGACAAGGUCUCGCGCCGUAACUUGAUGGGGACAGGCUUCGCCCUCCAGUGCAUCUGCCUCAUCAUCUACACUGCCCUCGUCGCCAACUUCCUGACCGGGUCCAACAAAUCCGCACAGACGGCCGCCGUGGCGUUCAUCUACCUGUUCGGAUGCAGCUUCGAGCUGUGCCUCGACGGGCCCGAGUUUUUCUACAUCCAGGAAAUCUGGCCGAGCCACCUCCGCGCACAGGGCGGUGCCAUCGCCUUCAUGGUCUACAACGCCAUCAACAUCUGCUGGUUGCAGGCUGCGCCCACGGCAUUCGAAAGCAUCGGCUGGAAAUUCUUCCUCGUCUUCAUCAUCUUCGCCGCCCUGGGCUCCAUCACCGUCUUUGUUUUCUUCCCCGACACGCUGCACAAGCCCAUGGAGGAAAUCGCAGACAUGUUUGGCGACCCGGACUUGGUCGUUGUCCAUCAAACCGCCAUCACGAGCGAGCUGGUGGAGGCGCGGUUCUUGGAAAUGCUGGGCGAUGGAACGGACGAUCCGCACACAACGUCUAUUUCAGUGCAGGAGACCAAGGGCGACGGCGACGGGCCAGCAGUGCACUCUGAGAAGGCCUCUGUGUAG